AUGUUAUCCAUACUAAGUGAUCAAAUCCUUGAUAAUAUCCGAGCUAAUUUCAUUUUAUUUCAGUCAGCGAUAAUAUUUGGAAGUUCGGGUAACGAAGCUAUUUUUUUAACAAAAGAUAAAGAAUUAUUUGCAAUUGGUGCUAAUAAUUCAUCAUGUUUAGGUACGAAUCAAUCACAAGCAACACUGGAGCCAAUGAAAAUCGAAGCCUUGUCAGGAAAAGAGAUAAUAUCAUUUGCUUUUGGUUCAGGUCCUCAUGUUCUCGCCCUAACUCGAACUGGAGAAAUUAAAUCUGAAAGCCGUUAUAUGAAAUAUUUCAAAAAAAAUUAUUGUAAUCUAUUUUCGGGUAUUGGAUCGACAAUUGUUGGUACGACACCGCUUUUAGUUGGAGAAUCUCUUAGUGGCGAAAAAAUUGUUAAUAUAGCAUGUGGCAAUCAUCAUUCAGUGGCAGUAAGCGAUAAGGGUGACAUUUUUACUUGGGGUCGAAAUAGCCAUGGUCAGCUUGGAAUUGGUAACAACAUCAAUCAAGAAAUACCUAGUAAAGUUGGUGGUCAGUUAGUAAAUCGUUUUGUAAAAGCUGCAUCAUGUGGUCAAAAUAAUACAAUGGUUUUAACUGGUGCUGGUGAAGUAUUUUCUUGGGGUUUUAACGGAAAUGGUCAACUUGGAAUCGGUAACCUAUCAAAUCAAUCCAGUCCAUCGCUUGUUGUUGGAUUAAACAAUGUUUUUAUAUCGCAAAUUGCAAGUGGAUUUGCGCAUUCUCUUGCAUUGAGUGAUGAAGGACAACUUUUCGCUUGGGGCUCUAAUUCGUGUGGACAACUUUGUGCAAAGCUUCCUCAUUCGAAUCAAACGACACCAGUGGUUAUAGCAUCCGGUUUAGGAAGAAUAGUUGAAAUUGCCGCAAUUCAUCCGUGCAAUAUAGCUGUAGCUGUUAAUCAGAAUGGCAAAGUAUAUAUGUGGGGGCAAAUACGUGGACAAACUGUUUUAACUCCUAUUCAAACAUAUUUUCAUUCCGUUGACGAUGUUUUCGCGUGUUUUGCAAAUCCACCCGUCACUUGUCGCCCGUUAAGAUUUGACAAAGAACAUCAGUCAAGCAUUCUUGAUGCAAUAAAAAUGGCUUUUGAUGAUCCAAGCACAAGCGAUUUACAAAUAUCGAUAGAUGGACAUAUCAUCCAUGCUCAUAAGGCCCUACUUCGAAUGAGAUGUGAUUACUUUCGCUCGCGAUUUCAAGAACACUGGAAGGAUGAAAGCGAUAGUUGCAUACAUCAUAUGACAGCCAUAACUCAGACUGAAGCAUUCGCACAUAUGGAAGAUGCGAUCAUUAAGCAGUUUAUCAUUGAAGUUGCGAGAAAUGGUGCUUUCAGAACUUAA